AUGGAUUCCAAAACGACUCUUUUCGUAUUUGGGGACCUUACGGCUGAUCCUGGGCCGCAGGGCAUCCGAUCUCUGCUGCGUGUAAGCGGCAACCCCGUCUUGGCAGAUUUCCUCAACGCCUCAUUUCUGUCUCUGCAACGCGAGAUUCACAAUCUAGACUCUAUUGAAAGAAAUCACUUUCCACAAGCAGAAACUUUGGGUCUUCUAGCAGAGGCCGUCGAGCGAGGAUAUCGCCAUGCAGCCCUCGAUGCAGCGUUCGUCUGCAUCAACCAGAUCGGUUCCUACAUUCAUACCGCCUGGGUGAAUGCACAGCCUUUACCUGUAAAAAUUGCCAUCUAUACCGGACAAUGUAUCGGUUCUCUCACAGCCGCCGUUCUGAGCUGUGUUGAGAGUGUCGUCGAUAUUCAAAACUAUGGAACACUAGCUGUUACAUUAGCCUUCCGAAUUGGCUUUAGUGUCCAUAGACAGGCAUCGAUAGUUGGGAAUUUUGCAGACAACCGCUGGGCGGCAUUUAUUACUGGAAUGACAGAAAGCGACGCCCAAAGGGCCAUUUCUGCAUUUUGCUCUGCCAAUGACAUUCUCUUUUACUACCAGCCUUAUAUCAGCGCUGUCACAUUUGAUGGUGUUACCAUCAGUGCUCCUCCUCCAGUGCUGGAUCGGUUCCUCGACGCCCUUGCAUCUCUGAACAAAACUAUCACGAAAACCCCCGUCACCGGCCCAUACCACUCCCCCAAAGCAUAUGCUUCUAAUGAUAUCGACCAUCUUGUCGAACGAAUAAUACCUUGCGUAUCGGACAUUAAGACAUCCAGAAUGCCCUUGCUUUCUGUCGCCACCCAUGCAUUUCUCCAAGAUCAGCCAUUGCUGUCCAUAUUAGCACUCUUCACAAAACAUAUCCUCACUCAACAACUUCGGGAUAUCAACAUGUUUGACACGCUGUCAAAACUCUUGUCGUCGCCCGGUGCGUCGUACAAAGUGGCUACUGUCAACGCUCGACUCCCACCACUGUUCAAGAGCAUGUUGACUCAGUGGAAUAUCAAGACUGUUACCUUGGCCUCUUUCUUCGAUGAUGCUGUCGAUCCCAUCUGUGGUAAUGAUGACAGAAUCGCGAUUGUUGGAUAUAGCGGAAGAUUUCCAGAAGCUGAUGGCCUCGAAGAAUUUUGGGAUCUACUGAAGAAGGGCCUGGAUGUUCAUAAGGAAAUUCCAGCUUCACGGUUCGACGGCACCGUCCACUAUGAUGCCACUUUGAAAAGGAAGAACACCAGCCGGGUUAAAUACGGCUGCUGGUUAAAGAAUCCUGGUCAAUUCGACGCGAGCUUUUUCCACAUCUCUCCUCGCGAAGCUGCGCAAACGGACCCCGCGCAAAGGAUCGCCCUCCUUACCGCUUAUGAAGCUCUUGAGAUGUCUGGUUUUGUCCCUGAUCGCACACCAUCAAGCCAACGUCAUCGUGUUGGCGUUUAUUACGGUAUAUGCAGUGACGAUUGGCGCGAAAUCAACAACGGACAGGAUGUAGAUACCUACUAUAUUCCUGGCGGAGUCCGUGCGUUCAUCCCUGGUCGCAUCAACUAUCAUUUCAAAUUUAGUGGUCCGAGUUUGGUCGUCGAUAGUGCCUGUUCUUCUAGUCUUGCCGCUAUCCAUACAGCAUUUACAGCUCUCAGAACACGGGAGUGCGAUACAGCCAUUGCUGGUGGCGCCAACAUCUUGACCAACCCAGACAACUUUUCCGGCUUAGACCGUGGCCAUUUUCUAUCUCACACUGGAAACUGCAAAACGUUUGAUAACACUGCGGAUGGCUACUGUCGGGCGGAAGGAGUGGGAACGGUGGUGUUGAAGCGGUAUCGCGAUGCUAUUGCAGACAACGACCCCAUCUUUGGCGUCAUCCUUGGAGCUGGCACCAACCAUUCGGCUGAUGCCUCUUCUAUUACACGACCAUCGCCCAUUGCUCAGCAUGCUCUUUUCACAAAGAUUCUUAGUGACUCGCAUGUACGCCCGCAUGACGUCAGUUACAUCGAGAUGCACGGCACUGGUACCCAGGCGGGCGACGCCGUUGAAAUGAAAUCUGUUUUGGACACCUUUGCUUGGGAUCACAGCCGACCAAAAACACAACCUCUUCAUAUCGGCUCAGUGAAAUCUAAUAUCGGGCAUGGUGAAUCUGCUUCUGGGGUCAUGUCCUUGAUCAAGGUGCUGCUUAUGAUGGAGAAGAACCGAAUCCCCCGUCACUGUGGCAUCAAAACAAAGAUCAAUGAAUCUUUCCCCACAGAUCUUGAAGCUCGGGGAGUACGUAUUGCCUCAGAGGAAACAGUUUGGGUUAAACCGGAGCAUGCUUCCCGCCUUGCGCUCGUCAAUAACUUUUCAGCAGCUGGUGGAAAUACUGCCUUGCUCCUUGCUGAUGCUCCGGGCUGUCGGAGGUCGAAGUGGGAGAAUGAGGAGAAGACCGACUAUGUCUUCCCUAUCUCAGCACAUAGUUCAACCGCUCUUCAGAGAAACGUACGCUCCAUCAUAAGAACGGUUGAUGACAGCACAAACUUGGGCAGUCUGUCGUACACGCUCUCUGCUCGUCGAAUGCACCACGGUCAUCGACUGAGCAUUAUUACAAACACUGCAAAAGACCUAAAGAUGCAGCUUUCUACCGCUUUGAGGAGCUUAAAUGAGGAGCUUUCUGUCCCUACAAAAAAGCACGGGGUGGGCUUUCUCUUCACCGGUCAAGGAGCUGUAUACCAGGGUAUUGUUACCGACCUGUUCGACCGAUUUGAAUCGUUUCAGCGAGAUAUUGUGGACUUUGAUCGCGUUGCCCAAACCCAAGGUUUCCCUUCAAUACUGCCUUUUGCCAAGGGUCUCCCUAUGGAGUCACUUUCAGCAACCCAAAUUCAGUUGGGCAGUUGCAUCACCCAGAUGGCGCUGGCUAGACUCUGGACGAGUUUCGGUGUCAAGCCUGACUAUGUCCUUGGCCAUAGCCUCGGCGAGUACGCCGCCAUGCAGGUAUCUGGAAUUCUUAGCAUCAGCGACGCAAUCUAUGCUUGCGGCCACCGAGCAAUACUUCUUGAACAGUACUGCGCAAAGGGCACACACGGGAUGGUUGCAGUCAGAGCAAGCGUUGAUGCCCUGUCAGACAUUGUAUCUAACACUGCCAUUGAAAUUUCUUGUAUCAAUGGGCCAAACGAUACUGUCUUAAGUGGUACAAAUGCUCUGAUUGGCCUUCUGUGUGAGGAACUCGACAAGCGCGGACAUAAGUACGUACCGCUGGAUAUUGAAUAUGCCUUCCACUCCUCGCAAACCGAUCCCAUUCUUCAAGGAAUUGACGAAAUUGCUCGUCGCAUUACCUUCAACACGCCCAAGAUUCCAUUUGUAUCAACUGUGCUUGGAAGUGUUGCUACUCGAUCGGGCAUGAUCGGGCCAUCGUAUCUUCGCCUCCAUUGCCGUCAGCAGGUGAAUUUCCUUGGGGCAGUUGAAGCAGCGCAGAUCUCGAAACUCAUCCACUACAAAGGCAUAUGCGUUGAAAUUGGUGGUUCUCCCGUUUUGAGUCGACUUGUUAGCGUGAUCGCCUCUGGUCAAACGUACUGUCUACCAACGCUUCGCCAGGGGACGAGCUCAUUCAAGACCAUGACUGCAAGCCUGAACUCGUUAUACUUGGUUGGGCUGGACAUUGAUUGGAAUGAAUACCGCAAAUCCGAAAGCAACGCCGGUACUGUCUUGCGCCUUCCAUCAUAUGGCUGGGAUCUUGAACACUAUUGGCGCCAAUACGUCAACAACUGGUGUCUCACCAAAGGCGAUGUUCCCUAUAAGGAUGCCCCAGUCAAGGAUAACUCUAUAAGACUGAGUUCUUCGGUUCAGAGAACUAUUGAAAAGGUUGAGACUAGCAAUGGUUUCCGCAUUCUUAUCGAGUCUGAUCUCUUCGACACCGAGCUUCGACCAGUUAUUGAACAGCACAGAGUAAAUGGUGUCAGGCUGACGCCAUCUGGUCUCUACUGUGAUGUUGCCUACACUCUUGCACUAGACCUUUUGCGGCCUAUGGUCGAGCAUCAUGAACGAUAUUUUAUCGAGAUUUGCGAUAUGCGUGUCGAAAAAGCUUUAGUUCUCAACGCACAAGGGCCGCAGCUCUUCCGCGCAGAGACCUCAAUGGACCGCACUAGCUUGUCUGGAAUGAUGAAACUAUACACCUACAAGGAUGGAGUGAAGGGUGUUGUUCACGCAACUUGCAAGAUUCAAGCGUUGGCAUCAUGCAAUUGGAAAGAUGAAUGGCGAUCCAGCUUCAUUGGUAUUCAGGAAAACGUGACACGCCUGCGCAAGGACGGCGAUUCAUUGUCUAUUCAUAGACUGCGCCAGAAGAUGGCAUACAAGCUAUUCUCUACGAGCGUAUCUUAUGGUCCAUGCUAUCAGUCAAUGGGCGAGGUGCAGUUCGAUCCUGAGAAUCUUGAAGCAACUGCACAAGUGCAGCUACAAGCCGUCACAGGUGCAUACUCUCUCAACCCGGUAUGGAUAGACAACUUGGGUCACCUUAGUGGAUUUGUGAUUCAUACCAGUGAUUAUUUGGAUCUGGAUGCAUUUGCAUACAUCAAUACCGGAUGGACCUCUGUUCGGUUUACUGAACCGUUGCAUAUGAGCAAUACUUAUCACACAUAUGUCAAGAUGCGGUCCAGCAAAGCAAACGGCGACACCUCCGUACUCAUUGGAGAUUUAUAUAUUUUCCGAGGCACCGAUAUCAUUGGAAAGUUUUCCGGAGUCACGUUUAAGAAGAUUCCGCGUCAGAUCUUUGAGCAUUUACUUUCAGAAGCGAUGCCCUCGAAGAGAGCCCUCAGUGUCAAGGUUGAAGGGGACAAUUUCAGGGCCCUUUCGGAAGUGCCAAAAUUAAUUCCUCAGGUUAAGGUUGAGCAAUCGGAGAGCGAAUGCUUAACUAAGUCCUGCCUAACGGUCAUCUCUGAGCAAAUUGGUGUUGAUAUCAGCACUGUUGAUGAGUCUUGCCGCUUCACAGACCUCGGCGUUGACUCACUUAUGUGUCUCACUAUCCUCUCCAGUCUACGCCUGAAUGCAGGUUUAAACGUCAGGCCAAGUCUGUUUGAACAUUGUCCUACCGUAGCGUCGUUCAAGGCUUUUCUCGACGGCAGCAGUACACAGUCUGAGAGCACAGAUGGGACAAUGACUGAUUACGGUACCACUGACACCAGCGAAUUCUCGACAUCUGGAGACGAGAUGACCAUUUUCAGUGAAGGCGCUGUCAACCUCGACACCGUGAUGACUUCGAUUCUUCACAUCAUGGAGCAAGAGACGGGUCUGAGCAGCGCGAAGCUCAUAGCGGCACCAAGCAUGGCUGCUAUCGGUGUAGACUCCCUGCUUUCAUUGACAUUGCUUCAUCGGUGUCGAAAUGAGCUGAAUCUCAAGUUGCCUGCUGAUUUUUUCUUGCAGACUAGAAGUAUGGCAAAGAUGAAGAAGGCUCUGGGUUUAGCAUUGUGAAGUUAGGA